AUGUCGUGGGCGGGGUUCAAGAAGAAUGUGAAUCGCGCGACGACGCAGGUGAUGAUGAAGACGGGACAUGUGGAGAAGACAAAUGAUCGUGACUAUGAGCUGGAGGAGAGACGAUUCAAGACGAUGGAAGCCGCAUCAUUGCGAUUGCAAAAGGAGGCAAAAGGGUAUCUGGACUCACUUCGAGCUAUGACUGCGUCCCAAAUGCGAAUAGCGGAAACGAUAGAUGCCUUUUACGGGGAUUCCGGUGCCAGGGACGGUGUCAGCAGAAGCUACAAACAAGCUGUGGAGGACCUUGACUCUGAGACGAUCAAGGCCUUGGACGGGCCUUACCGAACAACCGUAUUGGACCCCAUCAACCGGUUCUGCUCUUACUUCCCCGAUGUCAACGAGUGCAUCAAGAAGAGAUCCCACAAGCUCCUAGAUUAUGAUGCCCUCCGAGCGAAGGUGAAGCGACUUGUUGAAAAGCCCGACAAAGACGCGACCAAACUGCCCCGAACAGAGAAGGAGCUUGAAAUGGCCAAGCUUGCCUAUGAACAGCUCAAUGAACAACUCUUCUCCGAACUACCUCAGCUGAUCGAUCUGCGGGUACCGUACUUGGAUCCUACGUUCGAGGCGUUGGUCAAAAUUCAGCUGCGAUUCUGUGCCGAAGCAUACUCUCGAAUGGCGCAAGUGCAACAGUACCUGGAUGCAGACACUAGAGAUCUAUACGCCGAGGGGCACUUAGAUGCAAGAGUAGAGCAAGUUUUGCAAGAGAUUCGAGAACUCAGUAUCAGCGGGACUGUAUAG